AUGACGGAAGAAGAAACAGAAACUGCAACACGACAGAGGGCCCCCUUCUUGCAAGUUCCAAAGAAAGCUGACCCUCUAACGCAUGCAGGGGGCCCUUCGGGGUGCUCGGCGCUUCUCUUGCUUCUAUUUACUUCAGCAAUCCUUCUGCUUGCGCUGCUGUCGGCUGCUGCAAAUCAUUUUCACCUCCCCCAGGCAUCCCCAAUAGACGCACCAGCAGAUGAAUUCAGCGAAGACAGGGCCAAGCUGCUGCUGCAGCCAGCAGCGCGCAGUGUACGUACAGUCGGCAGCUGCGACAACGAAGUCGCAGCACCGCUGCUGCUGCACUCCUUUGUACUGAAGCACCUCCUCAUGCUUUCCUACCCAUAUUCAGAUAAUGUAGAAAGAGAAUCUUCAGGGACAGGUGCUGCCGGUGCAGCACCGCAAGCAGCUGCAACGGCAACAUCAGCUACAGAUGAAGCAGCAGCAGGAGGAGCAGCAACAGCAGCAGGAGCUGAAAUGCAAGCGGUCGUGGGGCGGUUGAGUUAUGUGCUGCUGGUGACGCACAAGCCGCGAGGAAGUGCAGCACAAGCAGCAGCAGGGAGUGCAGCAGUAGCAGGAGAAGAAGAAGAUUCAGCGGGAUCUGAAGAAGACUACUCAGCAGCAGCAGCGGCAGCAGAAACGAAAGCAGCAGCAGCAGCAGCAGCGGCAACGAGGUUGCAGCGUAUUAGGCCUCCUGGGCAGGUGACUGAUAUUGAGACAUGUCUGUGUGGCGUCGUGCAGCUGCACCACGUGCUGCUGCAGCAGCAGCAGCACCACAGAGCAGCAGCAGCAGCAGCAGCAGCAACGGGAUUUCAUGAAUUGCUGCUGCAGCAUACGCAGGAGGAAUUGGGGCCUGCAUGCAGCAGCGAGCAGCAACGUCAGAUAUGUGCUGCAGCAGUGAGGAGAGCAGCAGCACAAGACCCCUUCUCUCCAUCCGCAGCAGCAGAAGCCGUUGCCUCCUUUGAGAAUAGAGGAGCAGCAGCAGCAGCAGGAACAGCAGCAGCAGCAGGAACAGCAGCAGCAGGAGCAGCAGCAGCAGCAGCAGAUUCCGAGGUGUGGGGAGAGUUGGAGUGUACAGACAGUCCUGGCGUCUUGGAUUCGUCUUCUUCUGUUUUUGUUUCGGGUACUUUCAUUCGCAAAGUGCAGUGUCUUGUAAUGACGCGGCAUUUCCUUGCUCCUCCUUCCACUGUCUCUGCCCUAAUUGGCCUUGCUCUAAAGCAACACAAACAACAACAGCAGCAGCAGCAGCAGCAACCCGAGCAGCAGCAGCAGCAGCAACAAGAGCAGAAGGAGAAGCAACAGCAACAAGAGCAGAAGCAGCAGCAGCAACAGCAGCAGCAGGGAGGAGGUACUUCAACAGCUUCCGCCGCUACAUCUUUAAAAGAGGGUAAAGGGGUGCAUGCGGCUUUUUCGUCUAACGACUUGCAGGUGUAUUCGCUGCAGCAAUUGCUGCAGCUGCUGCACUUGCUGCCUCAGGAAGAGCUCGACAGGAGUUUCUCUGCAGCAACAGCAGCAGAAACAGCAGCAGCAGAAGCAGCAGCAACAACAGCAGCAGAAGCAGCAGCAGCAACAACAACAACAGGCAGCUGGGUGCUGCGUCAGUUGGUGAGCUCCGUCUUAGCUUUGGAUGUGGGGUUCUGGGGCGGUGCUGCUGGGGGGUUUGCCUUGGAGUAUGCGGGUCUUCGCACCGCGCUGUAUGCAGCACCUCGCAACUUCACACUCGAAAUUAAACCUCUUGCUUUACCUGCUGCAGGCAGCAGCAACAGCAGCAGAAGUAUCAGCAGCAGCAGUAUCAGCAGCAGCAGCAGCAGCUGCGCUGUCUUGAAGCCCGCAGAUGCACAGGCAAGCAAUGCACGUUGUUCAGAGGGGCUCCCAACCCAGUCGGAGUGCCUUCAGGGGUCCCCUAAGGACGCAGUGCAUGCAGCAGAAGCCUUGAAGGGCUGCAGCAAAGAGCAAGGAGGAAGACGUGCUGCUGCUCGUGCUCCUGCUCCUUCUGCAGUGAUGCUCGCGGCACACUACGACUCUGCUCCCUCUUCUCCUGGAAUUAGUGAUGAUCUCGGGAUGUGCGCAGUUGCGCUGGAGGUUGCGAGGGCUGCGGUGUACAGACACCUCAGAACUGUACACAGGCGCCAACAGACACUGUGGGGCCUGCACGAGCAGCAGCAGCAAGAGCAACAGCAGCAGCAGGAGCAGCAGCAGCAAACCCAUGAAGACGAAUCCAUAUCUACCCCCCUCAUUAUAAACCUCAACGGAGCUGAAGAGGUGAUGCUGCUGGCCUCGCAUGCGUUCGGUUCCCAGCACCCGUCUGCUCGGGGCAUUCGUGUUGCUGUCAAUUUAGAGGCUUCGGGGUCGCGAGGAGGGUCUUAUCUGCUGCAGAUGCCCAAGCCGAUGGCAGGGAGGCUCCUUACAGCCAUUGCCGCACUGCCGUCACCCAGUGCAAAUUCAAUCGCCUCAGAUGUUUGGAACUCCGGUCUAUUUCCAGGAGUAACGGACUUCAGAGUUUGGACGGAGGUGUUGGGGAUUGAGGGAGGGCUGGACUUAGCCUGGAUUGGCGACGGUUCGACUUACCAUACACCGCGAGAUAACUUAGAGAAUUUGCACAGCGGCUCUCUGCAGCACACGGGGAGCACCGUGCUGCAUUUGCUGCGGCCGCUGCUGCAGAUGACUGCUGCACUUGCCGUAGAGCCUUCAGCAGCAACUCAGAAGCAGGAAACUCCUGAUAUCCCCUUCUAUCAAGACUUUCUGGGGAUGGUGGUGUUGGUUCUGCCUUGGGAGACGUUCACGCCGCUCGCGGCCAUUGGGUGUCUGCUGUUGUUCUUGAAUUAUAAACUGCAGAAAACGGUCCUCGGUGUACAGACAUCAAUGGCUCUGGUGAUAUUCAGCUCCUUGGCCUUCGGAUGCAGCUGCCUUGCUGCUGCUGCUGCUGCCUGCGGCGUUUCCGUUCUCGGGGCGCUACUCCUGCAGAUGUAUGGGCAGCUGUACAUACACUGGCCGCUUGCUGCAGCCACUCGUGGCCUUCUGGCGUUUGCUGCGCUGAUCUGGUGCUGGGACGCUGUCUUCUUUCGCAAGCCUCUUCGCCUCCUUCUACCUGCUACUGCUGCUGCUGGGGCUUGUCGGCCCACGAGUGGCUUUGCUGUUGUUCUGGAGCAUACGCAGCAGCAGAAGCACCAGCAGGCACAUCUGGCGCUCCUCGAUGGCACCAGCGGCCCCGCGGGUCGCAACGGGGAGUCGCUGCUGCAGAUAGAUUUGCUGUUGAACUUUGGGGUUUUGCUGCCGGUGUUGCUGCUGCUGCCUGCUGUUCUCUGUCCCUCCAUCUUUUAUUUUCUGCACUUCUCCAGGCGAAUUCCAAAAAACCUGAAGACAACUGCUGCCUCUUCCCAUGUAGUGGAGAGCAACUGGCGGUAUUGGGGAUUGGGUGUAGUUGCUGCUGCAGUGGCUGCUAUGGUUGCUGCUGCUGCACUCAACACUUCCCCUGCGCUUCUUCCCCCGCUCGUGGAUCAUUUACCUCUGCAGCAGCAGCUGCUGCCGGAGGCCGAGGAUAUUUCUGCUGGUGGUGAAAGAAUAGACAAACGUGACAAUGAAGGGGCUGUCAGUUUGCCGCUGCUGCCUACUGCAGCAGACGCUACUGUAGUUCAGGGGGCCCACCACCAGUCGAAGCCGCACCGUUCUCUUUUAGGCCUGCUGCCUUUUAGCCUUGGCCACUACUUGCUGCCUUCUGAGGACUUCCCUUUCUCCGCAGAAAGGCCGCUGCAGCUGCACUUCGUUGUUUUCAGACGCUCAAAGAUCACCGCUUUUUUUCCUUGGGGAAGCAGCGCCAACAACGACAGCGGCAAUGCAAAUGGAAGCGGAACACGCCUUGCCGGCAGCAUCCAAAAGGACACAGAACAGCCGCAAGUGCACGAAGCGUCCGCAGCCACUGCAGCAACAGAUGCCUCCCGCUUUACCGCUAAGUUGGAGCCUUUCUCCUUUACGUAUCGCAGCCCGCCGCUCUUGCGUCACUCCACCCAAGGCGUUGCAGUGAUGGGGCUGGGAUCUCAGGUGUUUUGGAAUCCCGCGUUUGCCGAUGCUCCUUCUGUGCUAUCUGCAAUGCGCAAUGCCGUGGUGGCGGCAGAAGAAGAAGCAGCAGCAGCAGCAUCGGCCUCUUCCUCUUUGAUUGUUGUUAUCUUCACAAUCUUGUCGUUGGAAAGUGUGGAAAUCCUUCACGACGUUCAUGAUGAUGGGACUGCGACAACCAGAGCAAAUAGCAGAGACGAUGAUGAAGACAAGUCGCGUGACUCAGCGUGUGAUGAGAACGACGCUAAGGACGAAACGCGCCUGAGGCUGCUCAUUGGAGGCGCUUCGCUGCUGGCUGUUGCGCUCCCGGCCGCUGGACUUAAAAGGUGGAAUUUGGAGCGCCAGGCACCGCUUCAACGGCUUAUGCAGUGCGACUGUUACGUGGUUACUAUAGCAACUCCAACGCCUCCCGUUAUGACGAAGCUCGAAUUCUUCUUCCAAGGGAACAUAACGGUCCGCUUCACAACGCGUUCGGGUUUAUUCGACCUAGCGGCACCGAACACUAGCUGUGCAGAAACGCCGCUUUUCAGCACAGUUCUGAAACUUCCUAUCCCCCCUUCUCUCGCCCAGACUGAAGACAAGGGGCCCUUGCACUUCAGAACUCCGCCACCCGAAGCUGAAGCUGGCGGCGGUAUGCCGUAUCUUGGUGAAGCAUCUGAGGCAGGGAAUAUCUCCAGUCGCCUCAACACUUUUUGGGAGAGGCUAGUCAAUGCAUUGCCGAAGCAUACAACCGCUGCGGGCAGCUACGCCGAUGCUGCAGAGUGGAUUUUGCCGCGUGCGCCCUUUUCCGCGAAGUUUGCUUUCGACUAA